ACUUUCAAGCAAGCAAUCCUUUUCCUCCACUUUUCCUACUUUAAAAUCCAGCAGCUGGCAUUUGCGCGUACAACGAAAAGGCUGUGUUUUUUGUUAAAGUCAGAUUUUUAACUCUACUACACAUACGCACUGUGCGAACAAAGAAGUUACAGGAUUGCUCCCCCAGGCCAGGGCAGUUUUCUGCUAACAGUGAGGUCUGCAAAAAUGGACUUCAACGCAUCCUUCAUGGAUGGCAUGGUGGGAGUUGGGGAUAUGAUCCUUCUCGAGUCCCUCUCUGAAGACUCGCUUCUAGUGAACUUGAAGGAAAGAUUCAAAAGUGAUGAAAUCUAUACAUAUAUUGGGAAUGUAGUGAUUUCAGUGAACCCCUACAAGCAACUCCCCAUUUACACCCCGGAGAAAGUGGAGGAGUACAGGAACUGCAAUCUGUACCAGCUGAAGCCACACAUCUAUGCUGUCGCUGAUGAUGCCUACCAGUCUCUACGAGACCGAGACAGAGACCAGUGCAUCUUGAUUACAGGGGAGAGUGGUGCUGGAAAAACAGAGGCCAGUAAACUGGUGAUGUCCUACGUGGCAGCUGUAUGUGGGAAAGGGACAGAAGUGAAUCAAGUAAAAGAGCAACUCCUACAGUCCAAUCCUGUCCUGGAGGCCUUUGGAAAUGCCAAGACCACCCGCAAUGACAACUCAUCCAGAUUUGGGAAAUACAUGGACAUUGAAUUUGACUUUAAAGGAGACCCUGUGGGUGGUGUGAUCAGCAACUAUCUACUGGAGAAAUCCCGUGUGGUCAAAAAUGUUAAAGGAGAAAGAAAUUUUCAUAUAUUCUAUCAGCUCCUUGCAGGAGGAGGCCCUGAGCUCCUAGGAAAACUAAAGCUGAUCCCCGACUGCAGCAAGUACAUCUACUUGAAUAACGAUCCCGCCAGCCUAAAUGGAAUGGGAGAUAAUGAAAACUUUCAGAUUGUUAAGAACGCUAUGGAGAUUAUUGGACUUUCCAAUGAUGAGGUCACCUCUAUUUUUGAAAUUGUUGCUGUGAUACUGAAGUUAGGAAACGUGGAGAUAAAGGGACAAUUUCAAGCCAAUGGAAUGGCCUCCUGCUACAUUUCAGAUGCAAAGAGUAUAAAGGAGAUAGGCUCUCUGAUUGGCCUGGACUCUUCCAUGCUGGAGAAUGCAUUCAGUGUACGCACUGUAGAAGCCAAACAGGAGAAGGUCGUGACUACGCUGAAUCAAUCCCAGGGAGUCUAUGCCCGCGAUGCCCUUGCUAAGAAUCUCUAUGAUCGGCUUUUCAGUUGGCUUGUUCAGAGGAUCAAUGAAAGCAUAAAAGUUUCAGAGUUCCAAGGGAAAAAGGUCAUGGGUGUGCUAGAUAUUUAUGGCUUUGAGAUUUUGGAGGUCAACAGCUUUGAGCAGUUCAUAAUUAAUUACUGUAAUGAGAAAUUGCAGCAGAUUUUCAUUCAAAUGACACUGAAGGAAGAGCAGGAAGAAUAUACAAGAGAGGGUAUUAAAUGGAAACAAAUUGCCUACACUGACAAUGAAGUCAUCUGUAGCCUCAUUGAAAAUAGCACAAACGGAAUCUUAGCAGUGCUGGAUGAGGAGUGUCUGCGCCCAGGCAAGGUGUCUGAUGCCACUUUCCUUGCCAAGCUUAGUUUAAAUUUCAAAAAUCACAAGCAUUUCCAGAGUAAGGCCACUCAGAAUGAUAAGCGUAUUGCAGAUCUAUCAUUGCCUGAUAAUUGCUUCCGCAUUGAGCAUUAUGCUGGCCAGGUAACAUACAACACUGAUGGGUUUUUGGACAAGAAUAAUGACCUUCUCUUCAGAGACCUUUCCCAAGCCAUGUGGAGUGCCAAACAUCAACUCCUAAAAACCCUUUUCCCAGAAGGUGAUCCAAAGAACUCCUCACUGAAACGUCCUCCUACUGUCGGCUUCCAGUUCAAAAACUCUGUAUCAACUCUCAUGAAAAACCUAUACGCCAAAAACCCCAACUAUAUCAGAUGCCUAAAGCCCAAUAGUUCAAAGAAGCCAUCCCUCUUUGAUGAUGUCCUUGUGAAAACUCAGAUCCUUUACCUGGGACUGCUGGAGAAUGUGAAAGUCCGCCGGGCUGGAUUUGCUUACAGACAGUUGUAUAAGCCUUUCCUGGAACGCUAUAAGUUGGUUUCCAGACAGACUUGGCCACGAUGGGCAGGAGAAGCACGGGAUGGAGUGGCAACAAUAAUGGCAGAGUUGGGUAUUCCUUCAGAAGAAGCAGCGCUUGGACAUACCAAAAUAUUUAUCAGAACUCCAAGCACACUGUUUGAUUUGGAGGAAAGGCGCAGGCGUCGGUUGAAUGAGUUGGCGACUGCAAUACAGACAGUUUUCCGUGGAUGGAGAUGCCGCAGUCAUUUCCUGCUCAUGCGCAAGAGCCAGAUUAUUAUCUCUGCCUUUUACAGGGGGCACGCUCAAAAGAAACAAUAUCAGAAUAUUAAAUUCUCUGCAUUAUUACUCCAAUCCUAUGUUCGUGGCUGGAAGGCACGUGUACUGCUGCGUAAGUUCAAGCUGGAAAAACGUAAGGAGACAGCAUCCUCAACAAUAUGUGCAUAUUGGAGGGGGUACAAGGUGCGAAAAGAAUUCCGAAGACGGUUUAAGUCCACGGCAUCAAAGAAGCUGGCUAACUUUAUCUACCUAAGAAUUCUGCAAAGGUAUUUUCUUGGCCUGAAAAAUAAUCUGCCAUCAAUGUCCCCAACAAACAAGACAUGGGCUCCUCCAAAGUACAAGUUUAUGGCACCUCUCAACCAACAACUCAUGAGGAUAUUCCACCACUGGAAGUGUAAGAAAUACAGAGAUAAUCUAACACCCCAGAGGAAAACUAUUCUACAGGACAAACUAUGUGCCAGUGAGCUAUUUAAUGGCAAAAAGAAAUGUUACCCUGCAAGCGUUGCCAAACCAUUCCAGGGAGAUUAUGUUGGUAUCCAGAAAAACCCCAAAUUACAAAAGGCUGUCAGUGGUGUUUCUGGGACAUUGCUUGUUGCUGCCAACAUUCAAAGAAUCGCCAAAACGAAUGGCAAGGGAUCGCCUAUGCUGUUAUUAUUGACAAAUUCUCAUUUAGGCCUUGCAAAUACAAAAGGCCAAGUACAAUCACUAGCCAAGUUGGACGAGAUCGCUAGUGUUUCCGUCAGCAAGUUCAACGAUGGAAUUUUUGUAAUCCAGUUCACUCCGACAGCUACUGCAGGAUUAAAAGGAGACUUCCUACUGUCCAGCGUAAAUACGAUUGAAAUUCUGGCCAAGCUGUACCAAUCUGUACUGGAAAUAACAAAAAACAAACUAAAUGUUCAGAUCAGUGAUGAAUUUUCGGUGAAGUUCAAAAAGGACCCAAUAGCUCUGAAGUUCAUUGAAGCAAGUGCUCAGAAUGGCAAGGGUCCCGUGUACAAGAAGAAAGGCAGCCAAACAGUGGAAGUCUUUGUAUAGUGAUGAUGAGAGUAUGAAGGGGCUUUAAAACCUGCUUGAACCUAAUUUCUUUCAAUGUGCAACCUUAAGGAAAGAUAUUCUUCAUAAUCAGAGAAGAGUUUCCAAACCUUACCAUGAUCUACAUCUCCCCUGCAAGCCACAAAGGAAUCAUUUCUGCAGCAGCGUUAGGAGAUAUCUAGUCUUAUGUCGUAGUCUCGUCCUUUUUUUUAUUGAAUUGAAUUUCCAAAGGCUCCUUCCCUUUUCUGUGCAUAUUGGCACCUUUCAAUAAUCAGAAAAAGUACAUGGUCUGAGGACUAUUUUCUCUCUCCCAAGAGCCCAAGCUAUUGUAUAGUUCCAUUUUACAUAAAUGGCCUUGCUGUAAAGAAUCGUUUUUUGUUUUUAUACAGUAAUUACAGUUCCAAGGGAUGACUCUGUGCAACGACAUUGUGCUGUUUAUUUGAUGCUCUCCCUGAGUAAUCACCGCUAUAUUAUAGUAUAGUAUAAAGUAUUUUAAUAAAGGAUUGAUUUUACCUCAAAUGCAUUCAGUAUCGAUUAAUUAUGCCAAAACCUUUUGAAAUUCUCAAAUUCCAUUUCAUAUUUGUAGAAAGGCCUCAAAUACAUACCUCAUAUUCUGGUGACAGUUCAUAGAUUUCCAUAGAGGCAAAUUCAUAGAUACUGCUAGGCAAAGCUCUCUUCUUUUUUUUUUGUUUCUUCCUCAGGACGUAAUGCCAAUGAAAAUAAAUAUAAGAUUGACACAAUUAGUAGACGAUGGAUGAUAGCAUAAAUAGAAUUGUGAUUGAUUGAAUCCUAUACAGUUUAAGGACUAAUGUUCAAAGUGAUGAGGAGAUGGAACUUUGGCAUGCCAUCAAAUAUGUUUUAAAUAUAUUUACAUUUAUUUAUAACUCGUAAAAAUUAAACGAAAGCACCGAUUAAAAAAAAGGCAAAUUAUUUAUGGUAUAAUGACACGUUUCAGGUCAUAAUGUCUGUAUCCUUAAGCAUUUUUUUCUUUAGAUACAUGUAUAUGUGGCAAGCGAGCUACUCAGUGUUCCAACUGCUGCACCCUUUAAUAAAGGUGGAAGUCAGGCUACUAGGCGCGGGUGUUGUCUUAGCUAGCUUGAAUUCAACACACCUUGCCUGCCUGUACUGCUGUAAAGAUAGAGAAAACGCAGGCAUGCUGUUCUUCAACAUGUCGUUAUCCCUUUUGGAAAUGGAUAGUUUAAGAGCUGCCAUCCAUAUUCUGAUCUCAUAACAAAAAGAAAUCAUAUGUAACAUAAGGACAAGCAAUUCUUCAUUGUAAAGAUUGUUCUUUAUGGGGUUUUCACCUGUGCCGCCUUAAGCAGUAUGUCAACUGGUAUUAAUAAACAAUUUAUUUCAAAAGCA